AUGAAUGAGUACAUGCUGUUUUCGUGGCUGGCUCACAUGCAUGCAUUUUGCUCGGCAGAGGGGCCAGUGGUCAUUGCCUCUUCUUUCUCGCCGCGACCAAAGCAUAACGGCGUGGCUCUGUGGAGGAAAGAGGUCAACAGUGCCAUGCGCCCCCACGAGCGCAGCUUUAUGACUGUGUUCAAGCGUCGCCUUCUCAGCAUCUUACUGUCCAAAGCGAGCAAACCUGGCAGUGGGGGCAAGAUCAGUACAAUGAGCAGUAUGUUUGAUUGGCCACUUGACCCCCCAAUAUGCUGGGAGCGCAUGUCCCUGCCUCUCCCCAUCGACGUUGUCUACACCUGGGUCAAUGGUUCUGACCCCAAGCUUGUCAACGAUCUAAAUGCUCUCAAGUUGCGACUCGAGCAAGCUCGUGUCAGGGUUGGCUGCCUGCCUUUCAGUGCUUCAUCAAACUGCUCGGUCGAGCUCACACGCCUCAUCCAUCAUUCAAACCUAGCACCCGCCAACACAACCACUGGCCCUCCCACCACUACUGUGCCACCCAUCAAUAUCACAACCUAUCGGAUGCUGGAUCCACACAGUCUCGUUUUGAGCGGUCUGCAUCGGACCCAGAUUCGCAUUGCCUAUCGUGAGGCGGCCGUGCGCGAUGCCAUUUUCCAGACCUGUGGCAACUUUUCCAGUCUUCAGCUAGACUACCUGGAGGUGGCGGGCAUUGUGACCUUUUCCGAAGCCCACCAAGCACAUGCGUGCAUGCUCAAACGUGUAUUUGUGCCUCAUCCGGUCCAGUCCACCCCAGUUCCCAACGCCUCCACAGUUCCAGCAACACAAGCGUCUGAUACAUCGACACACUCGCACACUCACCGUCGGGGCCUGGUCACUCGCGACCACGAGGAUCACAAGGAUGGGCGAGCGGGCAUAUACCUAAGCUUCUCCAAAGCCUUCUUUGUUGGUGAUGCCACCCUAGACGGCAUUGUGGAGGCCCCGCCCGAGUUUGGUAUUGUGCCAACAGCCGAAGACAUCUGGUCCCAACGCAUGCGGCAAGAGCAGGCGUCUACCGUGCCGCCGGCCAUGGAUGCUCCAGUCGCGCCAGACCAGCCCGAAGGUGAUAGCAAGGGCACCGAUGCGGCCCUUCAAAAUGGUACAACGUUUCCACCACCCUCCACCACCCUGAGCCCCGAGGCACUGGCUCACGAGUAUUCUCUUAGCGUGGCCUUUACGCCUUACACCAGUGCCAUGCUUGGCCAUAUUCCCGCCGGUUUGGGCAAACAGCAGCUCUUGCUGUUACUGGAAGAGCAGUUUGGCGAAGUGGUAGACCUAACCGUACCAGGCCACGUUGAGGAUGCCAGUCGUGUGGCUUUGGUUACCUUUGCCAAGCGUUGGUCCCUCAUUGAUGCACUGGACGCCAAUACCCUGCAUAUUCACCGUACUGAGUUGGACGAAUGGGAAGGUGGCCGAGUGAUGCAGCGCACAUGGAGCGAGGUUCGCAAUGAGGUGCGCCUUCGCGAGCAACGCGAGCUCAUUGCUGCGCGAGAGGCGUACGAAGCCCAGUGGGCUGAGUAUGUGCACAAUCACACGAUUCAGUACAUUUCAAACUCCAGUGUCAACGGGACCGUGAAAGAGACUGCUCCCAAUGCCACGGUGGCUCCUUCAGAUGCUACGGCACAGCACAAUCCGGUGGAUAUAUUGGGCAACUUCACCCCGCCUCCGACGCUUUCACCUCUGGACUGGGAGCUGCUCGAAAACGAAACGCUGGCGGCUGCCUCUUUCAAUGCAAGCUUGAACCAUGACAUUGCCAUUCUUCCCCUGGUGCGGAUUGGCUGGGUCCCCGAGCUACCCCUGAGCGAGUUUGAGGACAUUUUGACCGGCAAAGGGAGCAAGCAUCAACAGGGAGCCAAGAAACUUGAGGACGUGGACGAGGCCACCUCGGCGAGCCGCUUCCAGGACAACCAGGAACUGCGCUACUCUCUGCGCUCCAUUGAGCAACACGCCCCCUGGGUGCGGCGUAUUUACAUUGUGACCAACGGGCAGAUCCCAUCGUGGCUCAAUCUGGCAAACCCACGCCUUCAGGUCGUACCACACGCCGACAUUUUCGUCAACAAGUCGUGGCUUCCAACGUUUUCCUCGCCCUCCAUCGAGACACACUUGCAUCGCAUUCCGGGCCUGUCCAAAAAGUUUAUCUACUUUAAUGAUGAUGUGUUUUUCGGUCUGGAUGUCUGGCCCGAUGACUUUUUCACUCAUUCGCGGGGCCAGAAGGUGGUCCUGGCUUGGCCCGUACCCAACUGUGCCGACGCCUGCCCAUCCAACUGGCUUGGCGACAAGUUUUGCGACAUGGCUUGCAAUACAAGUGAUUGCGGCUACGACGCGGGAGACUGCUUGGGCGCCAACGCGCAGAUGCGUGGUGGCUAUAACAGUUGGAAUAGCAACAACAACAACGGUGCUUCCAGCAAUGCCGCUCGCUUAGCCACCUGUGCCACCGGCUGCAACGAUAACUGGCUUGGAGAUCGCUACUGCGAUCGUGCUUGCAAUGUUCCCGAAUGUGGUUUUGACGGCGGCGACUGUGGCAUACCCAAGGUGCGGGCUCAAUUACCUGCCCUUUUUUGGAACCUCUCUGCUCUCGAAAUGCCUUUUACUACCACCACCACUGCGGCGCCGACCACGACCUGGAAUCCCAACAGCACCGGGUUUGGGCUGGACGAUGACGCCUACUACGAUGACCCGUACGAGGAGCCCGAUGCUCAACUCGAUGGUGAUCUUUUGGAUGAGCUAGCAUACGCUGAUCUCGGGAAUGUGACGCGGAUCGGUCCCGUUCUUAACGCAUCAGCCAACGGUACUGCUGGCGAGCACGAUGCUCGCUGGAUGCCCGUCUUGGAUCAAAGUGUGCUGGAGGUGGGCAAUGCAAGGCCUCGUGCCGUAUACGUGGAGCUGGGUGACCUGUUUCACAACGGAACGCUGACCGAUGGCGACUACGACGACAACGAUGCCAUUGCAGGCAUGGUGAUCAACAAGGUGGACAUGGUUUUGAUCAUUGUCAUUCGCGAAAAUGCCAACAAAACUUUGGUGGGCGUGACCAUUUCUGGCGAAUACUUUGAUGAGAUGCUGAACGAAACGAUCAAGGUGACACAUCGGGCAGCCAUCCGCGUGUGCACCAAUCCAAUUCCGGUGGUGACGACUGAAGCGGCUCUGCGAAAUGUUUUUGAUCAGUUGCUCGAGCCGGCCGCCAAUCAAACUCUGUUGGAGGGUGAUUAUGACUUGUAUCCCAUCAACGCGUCUGCACUCGCGGCCAAUGCCAUGCGCUUGACACACGAUACAAUCAACCACUGGGAACUCGACAACGCAACAGCGACAUUGCCACCCACACCACGCCCCAAGAGUGAGAAUCAUACAAUUCCCAAGUUGCCAUCAGGCUGGCGCCUGCCAGCGGAGGCACGUCUACAAGCAGAGGCCCUGCGCAACGAGUUUGAGCUUGGUGAUUUGACGGCCAAGGGAUAUGCAAAGUACAUGUAUAUGUUGCUUGAGCCAUUUGCAAAUGGCAGCCGUCCUUUGGAACCAGCACCCGUGACCACGCCCAGCCCCGUCAAUGGCAGCGUCGUCAAUGGCAGCUUCAUCAACGCAACCAAUUCAAGUGCAGCAGCGGCGGCCCAGCAGCUCAAUGCCUUGCUCCAUGCCCUCACGACUGCGGCACCCAAUGGCUCAACAACAGAAGCUUUGCCACUUAAAAGCGCACAGGUCAACGCCCCCAAUUUACCGAGUGCAAAUAGCGCAGCAAGGGCACCCAGCGCUCCGAGUGCACCAAGUGCACCCAGUGCCCCAAGGGCCCCAAGUGCCCCAAGUGCCCCAAGUGCCCCAAGUGCACCUAAUGCACCCAGCGCUCCGAGUGCUCCAAGUGCACCUAGUGCUCCAAGCGCUCCAAGUGCUCCAAGUGCUCCGGCUCGGCGGCGUUUGUUGGGUCAGGUUGAGCGGCUUGCUCCACCUCUACUUGAGUUCGUGGCUCGCUUGCAGCUCAUGGACCAGCAGCCAGCCGAGGCAGAUGCCCAGACAGAUAACAAUCAGUAUGAGGGCGCGCCGGGCUUGGGUGCUUGGACCCAGAUCAAUGGCGCUCGUGUGCCCCUCGAGCAGCUACAGCUGGCAGAAGACAUCCGUCGGGCCAAGGACAAGGAGUUGAGCUUGGAGCAGGACAUGAAUGCCAGCAUCGCUGCUUGGGAAGAGCAGACGGGCUUGUCGUGGGCAGAGCUCCGAGCGGAUCCGGUUGCCCUGGCCGAUUACAAGGCUCGAAGCUCAGCACCAGCCGGCUUUGCAUGGGAGCGCCAAGGAUAUUUUGCCGAUGUGAUGGAUGUAGUUGAGACCCAGCAUGAAGAAACCGAUGGCAGCCUGGCACAUGGCAUGCUGCGUGGGCUGAAAGAUACGUUUGGAGACUCUCUCAAGUUUGUGAAUCGCCUGUAUAACCAGAAGUACGGACCGACGGCCCGAAAGGUGAUAGCGCACAUGCCGCAUUUUCUUGAUCGCGAUAUUCUGAACGACCUCGCCCAUGAGUUUGCAGCCGAGUGGAAUGCAACCUCUUCGCAUCAGCUACGCUCGUCGCGCGACAUGCAGUACGCCUUUUCCUACUAUUACUAUCUCAUUUCGCAGCGGGAGGAUUUCGAUCCGCGAAAGGAAUUCGAAAAGCUUGACCGCGACAAAGAUGGGUUGUUGGGCGUGCAUGAGCUGCGCACUCUCAUCAUCCAGCUUUACGACCUACCCACGUCCUUGCACCACUGGGAGGAGUUUGAAAACAUGUUGCUCAACUGUUCAGACUUCCAGGAACCCAUGGACCGCUUGGGCGUAGCGGUUGGGCCCGAUGCCAUUGAGGUGUGGGUCACACCGGAGCUAUUUGGCAAUUGCACCCCUCUGAUCGAGGUGUACAACAAGACUGUUGGGGAGCGGCGCAAGUAUCGGCACGAGACCGAGAACGAUGACGUGAAUGUAGCCUUUAAGAUGAUCCACGAGAAUGUGACAUCGGCUUUGCGGCAACUUGACGCCAUUCGUAAGCGUCCACAAAAAUUUGUGUGCCUUAACGAUAACAUUGACCAUCGUCAGCCCGAGGCGCAGGAGGUGGUUCAAGCCAUUCAGGACUUUCUUGUGGCCAUGUAUCCCAACCCGAGCCAGUUUGAGUUGCCCCCGGGCUUUGUCAACCGAUUCCUGUAUAUGGACGAGUUGCGGGCCUACAAGGCUGCGCAAGCCAAGUAUAUCCACUGGCUGCGCUAUGUGGUGGUUGGCCUGGCGCUGGUGCUUCUGUGGCUCUGUCUUGGCUCUCGGGUCAUGACCUGGUGCCAGGGCAGCGCUGAUAGUCUUGCUGAAGAGGCCGCGUGGGCCAAGAGCCAAUAA